GUCAGUAUGCUAGCAAACAACAGAGAAGAGAGGCAGAAGAGACUUAUAUAGAGGCACCGUCACAAAAACUUGCUAAAAUAGAGUUUUUCUAACUUAUUUGUUUAGUUAACUAAUAAUGUAUGUUUAGCAGUGGUGUGCGUUGAGGAGCUAGCCUCGCUGUAUAAGCAGCGAACCUGCUAACAGACUAGUUAAUACUGUUAGCCUGCCAGCUAAACUUGCAGUUGGGCAGCUGGUUUCUUCUAGUUAGCAUCGAUGAGGAAACCCAACCCCGGCUAAAAUGCUGUAAACAGGACUGAUCAGCUUGUCUUGAGUUAGCUAGUUGGCCGCUUGUCUGAGAAAGAAUACUGCAGAAUGACAGAGGAUGCCGUCUUGCUGAACGUACCUGUCAUUCGGCAGCUGUACCACUGGGACUGUGGGUUAGCCUGCUCCAGGAUGGUCUUGAAGUACCUCCAUCCAGUCAGUGAUGAGGAGUUUCAGAGAGCAUGCUGGGAGCUGAAGCUGACAGAGAGUGUGUGGACUAUUGACCUGGCCUACCUCAUGUGCCAUCUAGGAAUCAAACACUGCUUUUGCACGCAGACUCUGGGCGUUGAUAAGGGCUUUAGGAAUCAGUCCUUUUAUAAGAAACACUUUGAUACAGAAGAAGACAGAGUGAACGAGCUCUUCCUCAAAGCAGAUGGCAAAGGUGUGGUGGUGAAUAAAUGUUCUGUGACGGUUCAGGAAAUCCAGUCUCAUCUGGAGCAGGGCCACGUUGCCAUAGUGCUGGUCAACGCUGUCGUCUUGACAUGUGAACUCUGCUCCUCGCCUGUCAAAUACUGCUGCUUCCUGCCUGUGGGUCAGAAGUGUUUCUGCAGGAAGCCAGAGUACCAGGGUCACUUUGUGGUAGUGUGCGGCUUCAACAGGACCACUGGCUGUAUUUUCUACAACAACCCUGCGUAUUCUGACCGGGUGUGCUGCACCAGCAUCAGUAACUUUGAGGAGGCCCGGCGGAGCUAUGGGACAGAUGAGGAUAUCCUGUUCAUCUUUAAGGAGAGUUGAUGGACCAUGAUGAUGGAUUUGGAUUUCACUCUUCCUCAGCUCAUCAUUAUAGUGGCAUGAUGCUGCAGGUCACCAGUCUUGGACUAGUGGCCCCUCCUGUUGUCCAUUGUCGCAGAUCCCCUGGGCCUCCCUCUCCGGUGCUAAUAGGCCCAACUGUUCACAUGAAAAGCAUUUAGCUGCAGAAUCACCGCUCUUAUUCCCUCUUGCACAGUCAGUACUGCUCGAAAACCUGAAGGAUUAACAGCUGGGAGGUUCAACAGUCUAAGUUGAAUUGUUUAUUUUUUUAUUUCCCUUUUUUGAGAUGAAUCAAAUUAAUUUUAUUGUGUCUUUUGGUUGAAUUUUGAUGACUGCUCAUGUAUUAGAGCUAUUGAAAUCUCAAACUGUGAGGAUUUCAGACUGAAAUUACAGCGGAUGAAAUGUGGGAAUCAUGACAGCAUAGGAAUUACCAGGAAAUAGUGUGCACAUAAUUCAGGGCUGAUGACAACAUUUAGUAUAUCCAAUUUUUUUGUUCUGUUCAGUGUUGAAGUCUGAAGCCUCCACUUGCCUUUUUAAAAAAUCCUAACGCGCCUCUCGGUCACUUUUUAUUCUGAUGAUUCUAUCAACAGGGAAUACAGGAAGUAGUGUUUUGAGAGUCUCAGGUAAUUAAUGCCCCAAAGUGUGACAUGUGCAUCAAAAGACAAAACUAGUUCAAUGCAAUACUCCAUAGUCUGUCUAUGGAACUCAGUCUGCCUGCAGAAAAACACAGAGAGUGGAUUGACCUACUGAAACAUUUACUGGAGAAAACAGCUCAACAUCUUGUGUUUUGGUGUCGUGGCAACAAGAUGGAUGCAUAGUUUGGUUGUUCUGGUCAUGUGGCAGAACAAAGGUGUAAUUUUGACUCGAUCAGGUUCUCUGUUGAAAGCAGGGAAGGUAAUUUCCUCAUUGUCGUUAUUUGUUAAUUUUGGUAUUAUGUACAUGUUUUUGCACUACACUUUUCAAACCAGACAUAAUUAUAUGUUAUUUAAAUUAAAUUUUUUACAAUGAAAUCGCUUUUCUGAAUCGAUUGAUUUCCUGGUUGGGCUCUUUGAUAAGAACAAACGGCACGUUUUAAACCGCAAACUUUAUUUUUUUAUUAAACAUAGAGCUGCAUUUAUUAUGUGUUGUGAUUGAAGGAUUUGAACAUAUGCUCCAUCCUUGUCAUUUUUUUUCUGGCACUUGAGUAUUUAAUGAGUCACUUCCACUUUAAAUCUCAUUAUAUACUAACAUUUUGCCAGACAUUGAGGGAAUAAAAUCAGGUCUGCGCCCUGUUUUUCAUACGUGAGUUAUUAAUGUUGGCUAGUAUGAUCAUGUUAAUUCUCAUCUAGCUAACUUGGUUCUUUGGAGGACGGAUUUAUUAAUCGUGAAUUAAGUUAUCUUAAACAUCUGUACUGUAUCUUCCCUAAAGCAUGUUCCAAUUAUGAAAUAUAACUAUCUCCUACAGUAGAUUAUAAGCACUUUAUAAUUUAUUAAACUAACUUAAUGACAAUUCUCUAUCAAAUUGUCAUUAUAAAAUGGUAGAAAUGGUAAAAUCAGAAACGUUUUGUUGAAUUUAUCUUGUUUGCUCAUAGUUACCAAAGUAAAUUUGUAAUGUGAGUAAUUACGUGAAGUCACCAAACAAAAACAAUAAAGGUGUGAUUUUUAUUUUUCCCCGCCCGAAUAGGUGCAACAAAGCUGACUGGAGAGUGAGGGAGAUGUCAGUCAACCACAAUCUGUACAUGGCCACACAGUCCUGAGAGGACAGCUAUCUAAUCAGCCAAAAGACUGCACUUCAGCAGGUUUGAGCUUAAAGCGAGACUAAGUUAAUUUUUUAAAGACAAAACACUUAACUUUUUUUCCCUCUUACUGAAGAAAAGUUGAAUUCAAAAGCAAUAAAACACUCAGCUGCUACAUACAGUCUUACUUGGUCUGGUUUGACCCCUAGCUUCCAGUGGCUCUAAUGUUAGCAAACAUAAGAUAGAUAUUGCUGUGUAACUGAUAUUACUAAGUCAGUUCACUGACUUUGUGACUCUUCUCCACUUGCGCUACUGUUACAGUACAGUUUUAGCAUUUAGCAUUAUCCCAUAAUUGUCACUUGUGGCCACAGUUCAACAAAGGUUACAUGGCCUCGCUUUAAGGACUUGUCUUUCUGCAAUCAGCUCCAGAUACAUUUAAAGCCAGCUUCACAGACCUGGAAAAUCCAGGCAAAUCAUCAACAAUGAAGUCAAGAUGAGUAAGUUAUCCACAUGUAAAGAACAGGGCCCUGGUUUGACCCUGAAUUUAGUUUUCUGUGAUAAAGUGACAACAAAAUGGAACCAAUCUGACAGACUGACAAAUAUAAACACAGAAUGUCAAAUAAAAAGAAACAAACUGAA